AUGAUGGUCACAGGACAGUGGUUUUACCGACCUGAGGAAGCAAUAAAAAGAACUGGUGGAAAUUGGCAAUCACGAGACGCGAGGGAAUUGUUCUAUAGUUUUAACCGGGAUGAGAUCCCGGCAGAGUCGGUCAUGCACAAGUGUGUGGUUCACUUUGUACCGUUAAACAAGCAGAUUCCAAGAAGGGAAGAGUAUCCUGGUUAUUUUGUUCAGAAUGUAUAUGACACUGAACAGAGGAGGCUUUUCAAGUUAGAAGAUGAAGACUAUGAAGCUCCUGUUAGUCAGGAAGACCAGUUGAAGGGGCGACUUUUGAGGAAAAAGAGCAUGAUGUCUUUGAAUGUCACCAGAAACGAUGAAGCACCAUAUAGAUAUGGUCAGUCUAUAGCAGAAACUCCGGGCAGUUUUGCCAAUAAUGCAUCAGAAUACUUCAUCAUCCUUUCAAACUUCGAAGUCCUAACGGGUGAAACACAGCGUGACAAAUGGCUGGAAAAAUUGCUGCAAUCAAUUCAGUGUUUCUGCAACCCUGUGGAUAAUGUACAAAACUAUGGUAAAGAAAAAGGGGGCUCAGAUGCUGCUGAUCUUACUGGUAACACUGAUUCUACAAAACACAUGAAUGAGUCUCUAGACAACAGUGCUGACGGUGAUGUGUUUCGAUGGCCAGACAGUGUCGUCCCUGCUGUGGUCUCUCUAGAGAAAGCUGCACAUGAG